AACUUGUCACCCAAGUCAUUUUAAAUAAUUAUCAAGUAAUAAUAAUUAAAGCCAAAGUGUCCUGUUCUAAAUUGAAUUAAAAUCAAAUUUAGCGUUAUUUUUUACGUAAAAAUAGCAUGGUGGCUAACUUCACUCAAGAGAAAUGUCAACUCUGUCACUAACUUCAGAUCGGUGUUGCGCUGCCAUUUUGAAUUGUGAGAAAGUAUUGUAUUAUUUACAUUGCAAAAAACUGAUUAAAUAGUUAUAAAAACCCUCAAUAUUAUGAAUUCUCUUCUCAGUUACGGAAGUGACGACGAUUGUGACGAAUCUUCGGAAGAAAAGCCAACGUCGAUCAUCAACGACCUUAUUAACAGGACUGGCGUGGGAGCUCCAAGGACAAACAGGGCCCUUCUAGCCGCCAAACCGACACAAACUAUGAAGAAGUCCAAAUGGAUUUAAGCGAGGAAUCCAACGACUCCAAACCGGAACCGAAAGAACAGCGACGAUCACGUGACCGCAACUCCCAUAAAGAUCGUCGCAGUCGCGACAGAGAUAGUAAAUACAGUAGGAGGGAUAGAGACAGAGACCGGGAUAAGGACAGGAAAUCGCGCCGCUCGUUGAGUAGAGAAAGACGGAGAAGUCGGUCACCGAGACGGGACCGAUCACGGUCACGUGACCGCUCCCGGAAACACUCGAAACGAUACGAACGCAAAAACCAAUCAGAGAAGACGGAGGUGCACAAAGUGGAUGAUGAUAAACGGAAUAAUGUCACUGAUAGUGAUCGGUUUUUCAUGCCGGGGAUUACCGGCAGGUUCCGAGACCAAAUCGAGAGGAGGAAGCAACUGUGGCAGAAAAAGGAUACAAAUCCUACAGACAAUAAUGGACAAAGUAAAAAAGUCUGGGAGACGACAACUUUUGCUCAAGACACUGAUGGAAAAGUCGCUAGUAAAUUUAAAAGAUUGAUGGGAAUCAAAGGUGCGACCGAAGGCGCCAGUUCCACAACCGAUGUUUUGAAGAAACAAGAAGAAAUGUUCAGUUCAAUGGAACAACAAUACGAAGUGGCCCGAACGGCAACACACACAAUGCGAGGAGUGGGCCUAGGUUUUGGUAGUUUUCAGCGAUAAUUCUCAUUUAUUUACAAUGUGAUUUAGUUUUAUAAAUUGUAUUGUUUUCGCGCAUGUAGUAGGCCACUAAAACAUGUUAUUCACUUUAUAAUAAACACUCAUUUUCGUUUA